AAAUAAAUAUUGGACUUGUCGGUUCACUGCUGGCAAAAUGGCUUUUGUAUAUCGAGCUAUAUGCAGAACAGGGGAUCGGCUUGUUCCACAGAAGUACCAAGCAUUCUGGAACCAUCCUGCAGGUCCUAAGUACAUUCAUUUUUGGGCACCAGCAAUGAAAUGGGGACUAUCACUUGCUGGGCUGGGUAACACUUUGUUACCCGAGGAAAGAUUGAGUUUCAAUCAGAGCCUUUCACUUGUAAUCACAGGUGUCAUAUGGGCUAGAUACUCUGUGGUGAUAACCCCUGUCAACUAUAACUUGAUGACUGUGAAUAUUUUCAUGUCUCUCACCAAUGGCAUCAAUCUCAUCAGGGCAAUUAGGUAUCGAUAUAAGGUGACACAUGGACAGACAGCAAAGAUUAUUAAAGAAGGCUAAUUCAAACCUUUCCUUCUCUUAGUGGACAGUUUUUCCAGUGGAAAAAUGUGCUAGCUCAAGUAUUAUGUUAGUACUCAUGUUUUCAUGGAAAGAAUUCUGUUCUGGAUGAAAUUCAUACAACAGAUUUACUAGCUUAAAUAUUCUAUACGUUUUAAAGAUGGAAAUCUAGGGAAAUUUUUGACUUAAUUGCUCAAAUUAGAUUAUGACGGGGAUUUGUGAAUUAGGCAGAUGUAAAAAUUUUUGUGAAAAUAUGCCAAAAUACUAUUAUUUUUUUAUUUGCGUAGUCCUGUUUUUGAGAUUAUUCCAGUGCUUUAAUAGAGUUACCUAUGUAAUCUAUCUCAUACAUAUCAUUUAUAUAUGACUUCUGUAGAUUGUAUAGACAGCAAAUGUAUUUUUUCAGUGAUGAGUGUGCACAAUUUUGAAUAUAUAAGAUGAUGUGACUUUUGAAAAAUUAAAGUUAUACAUGUUUUUGUCCCUGUAGGCUUUCUCCAUCUCUCUAUUUUUUCCCCUCUGAUCAGAAAAAAAGAUAUUUAUUUCUUUGUCUUUUUUUCUUUUGCUCUUGUUUUUUGAUCAGAGCAGAUGAUGGGCAUUUAUAGUCACAUACAUGUGAUUAUAUUUAGACCCAAAUGCUGUACAGGAGCCUUGAAAAUGAAUUAUUCAUUUUGAUAUGUGUAUUACUCCAAAAGCUGUGUUGUAAGAAUUUGCCCUACUAAUUCAGGACAGUUUUAAAUGAAUGUACUCAGUUAUCAUUUUGAUGUUGUACAAAAAAAAAUUGAGUGCCCCGACAUGACAGAUAACUCUAUAAUGAACAAAUUACCUUUAGCUUAGCUGAGUCUCCAAAUUACCUUAUCUCAAAGUUUGUUGUCAUAAAUUUUUCACCAUCUUCUCCAGAACCAAUGAGCCAAUUUCAACCAAACUUGGCACGGAGUAUCCUUUAGUGAAGGGGGAUCCAAAUUUGUUGAAAUGAAAGGUUGCUGAGCCAUGCCCUCUUCCAAGGGGAGAUAAUCAUGAAAAAGACAAAAUUAAGGUGGAGUCACUUUAAUAUCCCUUAAGAACCACUGGGCCAAAAAUAUUUACUUUAAUAUAUGUGAAAGCAACUGGACAAAGUUUUGAUUCAAGAUUGUUCAAAUCACAGUCUUUGGUUGGGGUCACAAUAGGGAUUCAUAGUUUUACCUGGAAAAAUAUAGUGAAAAAUCUUUGAAAGUCUUCUUUACAUGAACAACGGGGCUAUCAUUAGUCAAAUUUUAAAAUAUGCAAAAUCCUCAGGUAGUACAGAUUUAAGUUUGUGCUAGUAUGGCCCCCUGUUGUAGUGUGGGGCUACAAUGAGGGAUUAAAGUUUUACUUGAAAAUACACUGAAUUUUUUUUAAAAUUCUUUUCAAGAGUAGUAAGGCCACUCUGUAUCAUUAAAAUAUGCAAAUAUUAGUUUUCCCAAGUUGUUUUUUUCUGGGGUUAGGAUUGACCUAAAAAAUUUGGCAUCAAUUAAGUUUUAUAGAAAGCAUGUAUACAGGAGAGAAAAAAUCUUUAAAAAUUUGAAUUUUUAAAUUGUGCUACACAUGGUUCAAUUUAGUUUUUAUCUCCAUAUUCUGAUAGGAAAUUGUCAAAGUUGCUGAAGAUUAAUUGCAUUCAUUUUUAUCUUCUAAUAGUUGAUUGUUUUAGUUAAGGAGAACAACAUUUUAGUAAGGAGAAUUUUGUUUUCCCUCAAAUAAUAAUAAUUUUGUUACCAUGUUACAGUCAUUUAUGGUAAAUUUAGCACUUAUUACAAUUUACAAAAUAUAUGCACAGUGUGUGUCUUUUAAGAUGUUUCAAACAUUUAAUGAUGUUCAUGCAAAUUUUUAUUUAUUAUUAUUCUUAUAUAAUUAUAAAAUCAAAAAUCUGUCUGGACCAAAAAGCCAAUACUUAACUGACUUUUGUUUGUUACUGAUUUUUAUUGAUAUUAUCAUUCACAAGCCUACUUUUCAGGCAAUUACUUACAUGUAUGUCUCAUGUAUCAAAAGUAAAAAAAAAAUAGAUCUGUAUCAUCUUAAUUCCUUUUUGUAUAUAAAUAGCUCUGCAUGUGUGUGUCUUGGUAAUGGUUUUAUGAAUCUAUAAGUACAAAUCUCACACAAGAGCAGCUUGUAUUAAUAUUGUGUACUUCUGUGAUGAUUAAUGCUUAAGAAGGGCAUUUUAUUAUUAUUGUGGGGUUUUUUUUU